UUAGUACGUUAAGCCCUCGGACUCAAUGAUGCUUUCGGCCGUCAGAAGCUUCGACCUCGUGCUUCUAGAGGAAAGUGAAGAGUAUGUGUCUGACGCCGCCUGUAGCGUUGUGUCACCAUUUCCACUGGAAUCUAACGCUACCACGUGGUCACAGUUCGUCGAGUCCCUAAAGAGCGCACAUGGCUGCCGUAAUAAGGUUCGGAAAGGAAGAAUCCGUAUAGGCACAAAGUCAUUGAUCUUCGAGCCCGACGCAUUCGAUUCACCCAUUCUCAAGCUGCAUUUCCAAAAUAUCACCUCGAUAACUGACAGUGUUGACGUCUCCAAGGGGAUAUAUGUAUCCUGCACAAGAGUUACAUCCAUACCCACUACUAUAUACAAUGGUAAAACGCGGUUUCUAUCGGCCUAUGACGUACAUAUCGCAAAGGGAGUCCCGUCCAGUAGUACCGUGGACAAUAUGUCCCAUGGCUCAGACCCAUUGGGUUUCGUGUUCAUAUUUGCGUAUACCACUGCCACCAUGCACGAGGAGCAGUUAAGUGAAUAUAUGCGCCUUUGGGGUAGCUACAAGCUAAAUGUUGAUAUAGACAUGUUCAAGUCGAGCAAGGCUGGCGGGUUCAGCCAGUCGUUGCUUCAACCCCGUGAGAAACCUAUACUGGGUUGUGCAUCAUCCAGUAUACACCCCGAUUCAGUGUACUGCUGGCGGUUGAAGCGUAUGGUCAGGUACGGCGGCUACGCCGCACUCACUGACCGUGCGUUCUACUUCGAGCCCAGCCCUAACUUCUCCCGGAAAUCGUGUAAACGCAUCCCUAUCGACAGGAUACUACAUAUAUUCAAGCGUGAUAGCGGUAUCCCGUCAAAGAUAGAGUCUGCAACAGCCCUAGAGAUCAUAUCGUUACCAGAAGAAAGCAUCGAGAAGCGUAUUCAAAACUCCCGGAAACUAUACAGCUGCAUAUACGUGGAGUUCAAGCUGGAAGAUGAUCGCGAGAAGUUUACCUCCACGCUGCGGAACAUGGUGCCACGGGCGUUCUAUGCCCUGGAAUCACGAGCGUUCAGGAACGACAUGACGCAACUGUGGCGCCGCGGCGUCUUGCCCAAUUUCCAGUAUAUCGACUUCCUGAACUGCAUCUCAGGGAGAUCGCGCUACGAUAUGUCCCACUAUCCAAUAUACCCAUGGGUCCUGACCAACUAUGACAGCGCCACGUUAGACUUAAAGGAUGCCCGUAACUUCAGGGAUCUCUCGAAACCCAUAGGAGCCCUUAACCACGAUAGAUUAGUACACCUCAAGAGCCGCAUGAACACGUUACACUUUGCGACGAAGUCGAAUUCCGACGUCACGGAAUCUAGUGACGCCAAGUGUACCUGUGAUGACGAUAAAUGCGACAUGUGUUUGCUGCGUAUGUGGAAUAGCGGCUUCUAUUUAUACUGCUCACACUACUCCACACCUGCACUUGUUGUAUUCUUCCUUAUAAGGCUGCAGCCCGAGUGCCAGCUACGGCUAUAUAGUGGUAAGUUCGAUGCUGCAGCACGUACCUUCAAGAGCAUUGCGGAAACUUACCAUAACGUAGUACACGGCCAUUCCACGUUUUUUGAGCUGAUACCCGAAUUCUACAGCAGUGAUGGGUCGUUUCUGCGCAACCAGCUUAACGUGACCACUCAAGACGGCCGAUUGUGCGACGUUGAGCUACCACGCUGGGCUGGUAACUCCUCAUCGCAAUUCGUCAAUGUAAUGCGCAGCGCUCUAGAAAGCGAGCAUGUGUCCAAGCACUUGCACGAAUGGAUAGAUCUGGUCUUUGGCUACAAACAAGCUGGGUUGGAGUCAAUCAAGAGUGACAACACCUUCCAUCCACUAUCAUAUCUAUCCUCCGUACGUGUAGGCAAGCUGUCAAUGACACCCGCUACCCAAAACCUAGUUAGAACAAUGGAACCCAAGGCAAUAUCGGUACACGUCCGUGAAUUCGGGCAGGCGCCCAUAAUACUAUUUGAGAAUCCACAUCCACAACGACUCCGGCAUCCGCAGUGGCAGGCUACGGAUAAUCCCGUCCCCAACGCUCCGUGGUUCAUCUACGUGAGCCAUAACCGCGAUAUAUUCGGUGUUAGCGACCCUGAAACCGGUGAUGAACCACGUAUAGGACGUACCAUCACCCAGGGAAGUUGUGAAGGACACCUCCGAAGCAUGGUUGUGGAUGGCACGCUCAGGAUGCGUAGGGUACCGAAGCUCAGUGAUACAAUAACGGGAGCUGGUUUCGCCACUAGCGAUAUUGUAUACGCACUCACGCAAACUGGGAGUGUCAUGUUCCAUAGUAUUGACCAGAGUGUACCCACGAUAUCGGCAUCUAUAGACCGUAGCCCACUUACGUGCAGCACUUGGGUCAAGCAAAAUCUGUGCAUAUGCUCCGGUAGCGGCUACAUGACACUGUGCAACGUGGAUUCCGUAAUAUCAGCUAGCCGCGGUUACGACGCCAAUAUGGCCGCACGAGGUGAUGCGCUGUACUUCCACUCAGAGGACCAGGGUACAUUCUUCUACCGACAGCAGCUGCACGAGGAUGGUAUCAGCUGCGUCGCAUUCAGCGACGAUGUAAUAACCAGCGGCGGUUUCGACGAAACCGUUAAGCAGUUCCAAGUGACAAACUCCGAUAUUAGGAUGAUAGGUAUAUUCGACGACCACAACGGCCCCUUGGCAUCCGUGUUCUCAUCCAGCGGGUUGCUGCUCACCGCCACCGUUGGCGGCAGCCUAACGCUAUGGGAUCCCAGAUCACCACAUAGCCCUGUUUGGAAUCAUGAAAUAGGACAUCAAUCACGUAGUUGCCAAGUCAUCUCAUGCUCUAUCAGCAAUAGGUACAUCCAAAUGGUGUCCUCCGGGGACCAUCCAGUUAUAUUCUGGGAUGUGCGCAUGCUCAACUCGUUAAGUUCGUGCAGCGGCUUCAAGCGAGAGCUGUCGAUACCGAACUUUGACGUGCUGGGUGGCCUUUGUGACCCUAAUGACUGCAUAGGGUUGAGUGGUACCCAAGAUGGUGUAUCAACUCUACAGUUCUACGAUAUCAAUACGAGGUCAGUACUGGCACAGACUGCAUUCCAUGACAUGAGCUACCCGUCAAUAUUAGCGGUAAACUAUUUCAACGGCUCGCAUCGCAUGCUGGUGGCCAACACCAGUGGAGAUAUAUACACUGUGUGCCUUAAAGAUAGUACUACGUAAUGAUAUAGACUAUUGUAUAGCGAUAUAGAGUGAAUAUUCCUGGGCUAUGUCCAUAUGGCA